UUAGGGGAGCUAAGCCAGGUCUGGCCUCGGCUCAUGAACUACAAUUCCCAGCAUGCGGCACGUGAAGCCGCCGGCACUUCCUGUUUCCGGUGAUGGUGCUCAGCCUCUCCUGGAGUUCAGAAUUGGGUUUCUCAGGCUCAGUUCCUCUCGGUGACACAGUUACAAUGUCUUUAUCAGAGUGGUAUAUUGCAGUGAAGCUGGCAGAUCAGCCGUUGGCCCCCAAAUCCAUCCUGCGGCUACCAGAGACUGAGCUGGGAGAGUGUCCUUUGGGUGGGUGCAGCAUCUCCUACCUGAAGCAUCUUAUCACUGGAAAGCUGCAGGAGUCAGUCCCAGACCCGGAACUCAUUGAUCUGAUCUACUGUGGCCGCAAGCUGAAAGAUGACCAAACACUUGACUUUUAUGGCAUCCAGUCAGGCUCAACUGUUCAUGUCCUGCGGAAGUCGUGGCCCGAGCCGGAUCAGAAACCAGAGCCUGUGGAUAAAGUAGCUGCACUGCGAGAGUUCCGGGUCCUGCAUACUGCCCUGCAUAGCAGUCCUGCAUACAGAGAUGCAGUCUUCAAGAUGCUGGGGAACAAGGAAUCACUGGAUCAGAUCAUUGUAGCUACCCCUGGUCUCAGCAGCGACCCUGUUGCUCUGGGUGUCUUGCAGGACAAAGAUCUUUUCUCUGUCUUCGCUGACCCAAACAUGCUGGACACGCUAAUCCCAGCUCACCCUGCUCUGGUGAACGCCAUCAUCCUGGUUCUGCACUCAGUGGCGGGCAGCACACCCCUCCCAACUCCGGAGACCUCCUCACGCAGCAUGCCCUCCAGCUCCUACAGGGACAUGCCUGGUGGCUUUUUGUUUGAAGGUCUCUCUGACGACGAAGAUGAUUUUCAUCAGAGCACAAGGUCCACGCCUUCCAGCAGCACUUCUGGGUCCCGCCCGGCAUCGCUCGGCUACACUGGGGCUGCCGGACCCCGGCCAAUCACACAGAGUGAACUGGCAACUGCGCUGGCGCUGGCCAGCACUCCUGAGAGCAGUUCACACACUCCUACCCCAGGCACCCAGGGUCACUCAUCGGGCACUUCUCCGAUGUCCUCUAGUGUCCAAUCAGGAACUCCCAUCACCAACGACCUCUUCAGCCAGGCCCUGCAGCAUGCCCUGCAGGCAUCUGGGCAGCCCGCCAUGCAGAGCCAGUGGCAGCCACAGCUGCAGCAGCUGCGGGACAUGGGCAUACAUGAUGAUGACCUGAGCCUCCGGGCCCUCCAGGCCACCGGAGGGGACAUUCAGGCUGCCCUGGAGCUGAUAUUUGCAGGCGGGGCGCCCUAACCCCCUGUGAGCGAGGGCGGAGUGGCAUGUUUCAGAGAUGCUGCUAGGGAUAUGCUCUUCCUCCUCGUUUUCUGCUCUUAACUUGGUGCUGGUGUCAUUAUAGUGGCUGCCAUAUUCCACCUCACCAAAACAUGCAAGGGCAGAGAGAGAGAUGCCACAGCUGCUGAGCACCCUGCAUUUCCGGCCAUUUCUGGAAACGGGGUCAUUUGUCUUAAGUGAAUACAAGCUUUUGGCCUCAUCAGCAGGAGGACUGUACAGGAAUCUGUAUUAAGGAGAGACUCAGUACCCUACCGCCUGAGAUUCCCUCUUCAGCUGAGACCUGCCCCCACCAGCUGUGGGGAACCAGUUUGGAAUUUGAAGAACAGGAGUAAUUGUGGCAGUUUAGAGACUAACAAAUUUAUGUGAGCAUAAGCUUUCGUGGACUAAUGCCCACUUCAUCAAUCAUAUUCACAAAGAUGUGAUUGGAUUAUUCCCAGCAAAGGUGCAGUAGCACACAGUGACCACAGUGUGGCAGUAAAGGCACAUCACAUCGGAGGUGCACUUCAGACAAGCCAGUAACCAGAGGACUUCAAAGCCUUUGACCAUGGUCCUGCUGGGAGGAAAAUAUCCCUGUUCACAUAGGAGAGAGUCCGAAAAGCCCAGGCUGUGUUUUCAGGAGUGGCCUCUGGUUUUGGUUGCCCAACGAGAGGACAGUUUGGAGCUGAUUUUCAUUGUCAAUUCAUAGAAUUUCAUAGCCAGUGAAGUCAAUGGCCGUCGUGUUAAA